AUGGGAGGUAUUGAUCGCAUUAGCAUUGAGAUCGAAUUUCAACACCUGCACGAAGCAACCACGGAGUUGGUAUUUGAGGUGGCUUGUCCCAUGGAAAUUGUUCCUGAUUUUCUACCAAUGUACCUGUCAAUGGUUGAAAUCCAGGUCAAGCCUUAUGAAGACCAAGAAAUUCAUGUAUCAAUAUAUACACUUUUCGCACCUGUCAUCUCUACAAUCUUUCCAUUCCAAUUUGUACCAACACCAAAUGAUCGUCAACGCCUAGUAACAAGUCAGGAUAGCGUUGCUCUGUGCAGUGGACGUACCGAGGGACUCCACUCUGCGGAAGGUGGGUCUUGGCAUCGGCGAAAUCAGAAAAAGGCGGCUCUGAUUCGUUUCGGCCAACCGAUUCGUUGCUGCCAUAGCUUUCAACGCUUCAAACUCCUCAAGACUUCUGCAACUCUGUAUCUAACCAAAGAAGACGGUCUUCUUGACCUCUUACCUACGUCCCCAGGUUUCUCGUCUCACCACCACCGUAACCAUGCCUCCAAAGGGAGCUCCAACGCGCAUGAAGCCAUUGCGCCUCCAGACAAUACAAAAGCUACGAGUGAAAAGUCCGAAUACUCACCAAGCGAACCCAUGUCUUGCAGUCAUGACGAGUGUGUUAAGUUGCUGGGCCUCGAGCCGAUCGGGUAG